UUCUUUCAAUGGCUUCUUCUUCUUCUAAUAACCCCUUCCUCAUUGCUUCUUUUUCUCUGGUUUGCUUCUUCUUCUUCGUCUUCUCGCCCUCCAUUUCCAAGAACAAAAGCUUGGUUUCUGCAAAAAGAGAAGAAGCCAGUGAGCUUCAAAAUACUUAUCAUCGUAUUCCACUCAGCUCUCUCUUUCCUUCUUCCUCAUGCAGCUCUCCUCCUCAAGGAGGAAGCAAGAAUGGAUCCAUGGAAGUGGUACACAAGCACGGGCCAUGUUCAAAGCUGAAGCAACCCUCAUCAUCAUCUUCGUCUUCUUCAUUGGUUAUACCCCACAGCAAAAUCUUGAAGCAGGACGAAGCCCGAGUGAGGGCAAUCAACAACAUGCUUUCCAAAAUAAAAAACCACUGCCAAGAAGCAGAGACUUCAAUGACUCAAGUUCCAGCUAGGUCCGGCAUCCCUCUGGGGUCGGAAAAUUACUACGUCACGGUGAGGCUGGGAACCCCCGAGAGAGAUCUGUCUCUGGAAUUUGACACAGGUAGUGAUCUAACCUGGACUCAGUGCAAGCCCUGUGCUGGAUCUUGCUACAGCCAGAAGGAUCCCAUCUUCGAUCCGUCACAGUCAUCUUCCUACUUUAAUGUUCCCUGCAAUUCUUCAUUGUGUUCUCAUCUCUCCUCCUCAUGUUAUUCACCGACGAGAGCUUGCUUCUAUGGUAUUCGAUACGGCGACGGAUCUUUUACCAUUGGCUCCUAUGCGAAGGAAACACUAACUAUAUCUCCCAAUGACGUCUUUCAAAAUUUCCUCUUCGGCUGCUGCUAGGACAAU